UUUUCUGGAAAUCAAUAGCACUGAGAUCAAAGCAAAACAAAGCCUUGACGAAUGUGACAGGAAGAUUAAACGAAAAGCUGACGUGAAUCUGGCAAGUGUUACCGAUCAGUCGCAUCAUUGGUGCGUCAAGCGUCAUCUCAUCAAGAAGGAUGAAGGCCAGUCUGAUACGAAAACUCGUUGGUACAUCAGUCACUUAAUCGAGCAUUGUGUAAAAAAAGCCGAGAACAAGCAGAAGAAAGCUCGUGUCAUCAUUCUCGUCGCCGUCGUCGUCGUCUCUGGUGAGUCGAGGAUGGCGACGACGUCGGAUCCGUCAGAUGCCUCGUCACUGGAUACUAAAUCUCUGACAGAGCUUUACAUCCCAACUGACGAGUUGUACAAUGAAACUAAUUCCAGUUACAUUGCACCAGAUUUGUCAGUUGCAUUCACCAAGGGUUGUUUCCUUGGUUUCAUCAUAAUUGCUGCAGUAUUUGGCAACUUACUAGUUAUAGUAUCAGUCAUGCGUCACAGAAAAUUGAGAAUAAUCACCAACUAUUUUGUGGUAUCAUUAGCAUUCGCUGAUAUGUUGGUAGCAAUGUUCGCUAUGACAUUUAAUCUGAGUGUUCAAGUAACAGGUCGUUGGUUAUUUGGUUAUUUCAUGUGUGAUGUCUGGAAUUCUCUGGAUGUUUACUUCAGCACAAGCUCCAUCCUACAUCUGAUGUGUAUCUCAGUCGAUCGUUACUAUGCAAUUGUUACACCACUCAAAUACCCCAUCAACAUGACGAAGAAAGUAGUAGCAUGUAUGCUAUUAGCAUGUUGGAUAUCACCGGCUGUUAUAUCAUUCGUUCCUAUAUUUAAUGGGUGGUAUACGACCAGUGAUAAUAACGAGUAUCGUCAUAUGCAUCCAGAAAUCUGCGAGUUCAAAGUGAACGGAGGAUAUGCAUUAUUAUCAUCCAGUAUAUCUUUCUGGAUACCAUGCACAAUAAUGGCGCUCACAUAUUUUGCUAUAUUCAAAGAAGCUAACAAGCAAGAGAAACAAAUGCACAGUCGAAUGGGCAAUGCAAUGCUUCUAAGUCAUAGGCCAAGUCGAGAUUUAAAUAAUUUGAAUGGUGAAUUAAACAGUGGUGGCUCAUCAAAAACACUUACGCUCAAUGAACUAAAUACAGAUCACUUGCAUACACCAACCAAAGAUAAAAAUUUGAUCAAAAUGAAAAGAGAACAUAAGGCUGCCCGAACCCUUGGUAUCAUCAUGGGCACAUUUAUGCUUUGCUGGUUACCAUUUUUCCUCUGGUAUGUGAUAACUAGUCUUUGUGGUAAACGUUGUGCCUGUCCAGAUAUUGUCGUCUCUAUUGUCUUCUGGAUUGGCUACACUAACUCAGCUCUUAAUCCACUCAUUUACGCUUACUUCAACCGAGACUUUCGGGAAGCCUUCAAGAACACACUCCAAUGUGCGUUUUGCUCUCUCUGUAGAAGAGAGCCUUUUGACCUCGAGACUUUGGACAUUCGCCGACCGUCCUUGAGGUAUGAUGAUCGCACGAAAAGUAUGUACUCGGAGACCUACAUAAAACACAACGACCGAAGGAGAUCAAGUGAAUACGGAAGUAGUCUCUGAAACGAAACCAAAUUUAGAUUUUAAUUAUAAAUUAUUAUUGCCGUGCAAUAAUUCCUUAUGAUAUUAUUUUUCUAAUCCUAGUAAUAUUUAUAAAUAUUUUUUUUGUUAUGUCAAAUGUUUUUUUAUUUUAUUUAUCACUGUUAAUAACUACUCAAUUUAUUACAAUAUACUCUCUAUACCUUCAUCGAAGGUUCAUUAUUUAUUUAUUUAUAUUAUUAAAAAAAUUGUUAAUUAAUUUUUUCGUAGUUAAAAUUUAUACAAAUAUUUAUUAAA